UGAAGAGGCCAAAAUGAAAAUUAAACAGAAAGACAAAGAACAAAAGCAAGAGAAAAGGAAAGUGCUUGAUGAAGAGGCCAAAUUGAAAAUUAAACAGAAAGACAAAGAACAAAAGCAAGAGAAAAGGAAAGUGCUUGAUGAAGAGGCCAAAUUGAAAAUUAAACAGAAAGACAAAGAACAAAAGCAAGAGAAAAGGAAAGUGCUUGAUGAAGAGGCCAAAAUAAGAUUAAAACAGAAAAACAAAGAACAAAAGCAAGAGAAAAGGAAAGUGCUUGAUGAAGAGGCCAAAAUAAGAUUAAAACAGAAAGACAAAGAACAAAAGCAAGAGAAAAGGAAAGCACUUGAUGAAGAGGCCAAAAUAAGAUUAAAACAGAAAGACAAAGAACAAAAGCAGGAGAAAAGGAAAGUGCUUGAUGAAGAGGCCAAAAUAAGAUUAAAACAGAAAAACAAAGAACAAAAGCAGGAGAAAAGGAAAGUGCUUGAUGAAGAGGCAAAAACAAAAAUUAAACAGAAAGACAAAGAACAAAAGGAAGAAAAACGAAAAACUCUUGAUGAAGAGGCAAAAUCUAACACGCGAAAGAAAACCAGAAAUCAAAUGAAGGAACAAAGAGCAGCAAGAACAUCUGAAGCUGACAACGCAAUACAAACCUUUCUUCAGAUGAUCAAACAAGGACCAGCAUAUAUCUGCUCUGUUUGCCAUAGACUAAUGUACAGAGAAUGUGUUGUUUUGUACAAUGAAAAUGUGUUUACUACUUACGUGUGA